AUGUCGGACGAGGAUGACUUUAUGAUGUCCGAUGGCGAGUCGUACGAAUUCGAGUUUGAAGAUGACGACGAUGAAAGAGACGACCAACACAUGGAGGGCAGUGACGAGGGAAACGACGAGGGCUCUCCGGAGUCGUUGUACUACAAGGCGAAGUCUGUGAAGCAGGAUGACCCCAAGAGAGCCAUUGAGAUCUUUUCCAGCGUGCUGGGUUGUGCCGGUGACAACACCGAGACGGUGGAGUACAAGUUCAAGUCUCUGAAGCAGAUAUUGAAGCUGCUGUACAAGCAUGACGACGCCGACGAUCUAAGUGAAUGGGCGCUGAAGAUCUUCGAUCUUCCCCUGGAGAAGUUGCCCCGUGGCUAUGUCGAGGAUAGCUUUAGCAGAAUGCUGGAGGCGUAUAGUGGAGCACCGAAGGAGGAUCAGCUCCAUUUCCUUGAGACCUUUCUGAGCAAGUUCCAUGGAAGCGACAGGAUCACAAUGAAGGCUUCUCUGAAGAGGAUCUUCUUGCUGCUAGAGCUUCGCCAGUUUGAUAGAAUGCUGGCGUAUCUCGCCAGGCUUCAUACCAAGCUGGAUUCUAUGCCAGAAAUAACCCGUAACGCCUAUCUCUUGGAGCUGUACGCCAUUGAGAUUCAGGCGUAUUCAGAGACAAACAACGUUCCAAAGUUGAGAGAACUGUACAAGAAGACGUUGUCGAUACAAAGCACGAUUCCACAUCCAAGUAUCAAUGCUGUUGUGAAAGAGUGCGGUGGUAAAAUGCACAUGAGAGAUGAGAACUAUGAGCUGGCCUCGGAUGAGUUUUACGAAAGCUUCAAGAACUAUGACGAAAUUGGCAACCAGAAGAAGAGAAUCCAGGUCCUGAAGUAUCUGAUAGUGUCGUCCAUUCUCAACAAGAAUGAGAUCAACAAGUUUGAAAGCCAAGAGACGAAAUACUUCCUGAAGAACAACGAGAUCUUGAAGUUCGUCAAGUUAUUACAGAGCUUUGACAGGUUGGAUAACCAUGGAUUUACCACGUUGUACAAGGAACUGCUCAUAUCUGAGAAAUCUGAUCCGUUCAUGAUCGACACGCUAACCAAGAUACGGGCAGUUCUCAAGAUCAAACUACUUGUCCAUUACAUCAAGCCGUUCAAACGUGUGUCUUUAGAUAGACUCAGUGGAGAUUUGAGAAUAUCACAGAACGAUAUCGAGGACAUCUUCUUGAAACUGCGUGCGAAUGGUGAAGUGCCAAACGUUCGUCUCGACUUGGUUGAUGGAAUUGUUUAUAAUGAAUAG